AGAGCAACUCGGGUUCCGGAAGCGGCGGCGGCGGAGCAGGAACUAGGACCUCCGAUAUCGGAGCGGUUCCGAGUGGCGGCGCGGAGUGGGGUGGGGCGGGCCUGAGGAAACCCUCCGGGCCCAGUGGCCCGACUGGCGCCCCUCGGCCGUCCCUGACCCUCCUCCGUCCCAGCCCUGCGACCAGGAUGCAGACAUCGGAGCGUGAGGGUUGUUGCCUGGAAGGGAGCCCCAGCGUGAUGUCCGAGGCUUCCCCAGAGUCUCCACCUGCCCCUACCAAGUCCCCAGCGUUUGAUCUUUUCAACUUGGUUCUGUCCUACAAGAGGCUGGAGAUUUACCUGGAACCCCUGAAGGAUGCAGGUGACGGUGUCCGAUACUUGCUCAGGUGGCAGACGCCUUUGUGUUCCUUGCUGACCUGCCUGGGCCUCAACAUCUUGUUUCUCACUUUGAAUGAGGGUGCGUGGUACUCAGUGAGUGCCCUGCUGAUUUCAUUGCCCGCUCUGCUGGGCUACCUCCAGGAGGUUUGCCGGACACGGCUGCCUGAGUCUGACCUUAUGCGGAGGAAGUACCACAGCGUGAGGCAGGAGGACCUGCAGAAAGUUCGCCUGUCGCGCCCUGAAGCUGUGGCCGAGGUGAAGAUCUUCUUGAUCCAGCUGGAGGCCUUCCUGAGCCGCUUGUGUUGCACCUGUGAAGCCGCCUACCGCGUGCUGCAGUGGGAGAACCCCGUGGUGUCCUCACAGUUCUAUGGGGCUCUUCUGGGCAUGGUUUGCAUACUGUAUCUGCUGCCGCUGUGCUGGGUCCUUGCCCUUAUAAACAGCACACUCUUUCUGGGGAAUGUGGAUUUCUUUCGAGUGGUAUCUGAGUACAGAGCAUCUCUGAAGCAGCAGAUGAACCCCAAGCAGGAAGAAAGCUCCUUUGAGAGUCCACCUCCGGAUGCUGGGGGGAAGGGCGCACUGCCGGACAACACGUCUGCCCCCACCCCCACGGAGGACCUCACACCAGGCAGCGUGGAGGAGGCUGAGGAGGCUGAGCCAGAUGAGGAGUUUAAAGAUGCAAUUGAGGAGACCCACUUGGUGGUUCUGGAGGAUGAUGAGGGUGCCCCAUGCCCAGCAGAGGAUGAGCUGGCCCUGCAGGACAACGGGUUCCUGAGCAAGAAUGAGGUGCUGCGCAGCAAGGUGUCACGGCUCACAGAGCGGCUCCGCAAGCGUUACCCUACCAACAACUUUGGGAGCUGUACAGGCUGCUCUGCCACCUUCUCAGUGCUGAAGAAGAGGCGGAGCUGCAGUAACUGUGGAAACAGCUUUUGCUCUCGGUGCUGCUCCUUCAAGGUGCCAAAGUCCUGCAUGGGGGCCACAGCCCCUGAAGCCCAGAGAGAGACUGUGUUUGUGUGUGCCUCAUGUAACCAGACCUUGAGCAAGUGAGAAGAGUGGCCAGGGUCCAACUGGGCGCCGGACCCUGGGGCAACAGUUAGAUCCCCCACUCCCCCCACCCCUAGCCGUGGUGGCAUUGCUGGGCAAAGGGGGCCUGCAUGCUAGGUAGGCUUCUCCUUCCCUCCCUCACUGUCUCCUGCCGGGUACCGGAGCUGUUCCCCACUCCUAUGGAUGGCUCUCAUGGCCACCCUCAAGCCCUAGAAGGGAGAGGAGCCCCAGGAGGGCCUGCAUGUUUUGCCUGCUCUGUCCUGGGCUGAGUGGGCUCUAGGGGAAGCAGGGCUGGCCAGGGUCUAUAAGCUAGCGGGCACCAGUGAGCCAAGACUGGUUUCCAUCAGGAUCUCUGAUGAUCACACUAACUUCUCAUCGGCUGGGAAUUCUAGGGGCCCUGAGUUUUUCCCUUGCUGGGUACUGGGCCAGGCCCUUAGCCUCAAAGAGCCUGUAGAAGGGUGUGGUCGGGCCACACCACAACGCAACUGUUUGAAUGUCCCUCCAGACCUCAGAAUUUGAUGAUUUCCCCUCUGGUGGGAGGAGCUAAGGAGAUCAGAAAUGUUUCUAGAGACCGAGUGGAGGUUCCCAAGUUCCCCAGAGGAGACUGGGUAGGAGGAGCUGGCAGAUUCUUUCAGUAUUAAGUGAAGCAAAGUGUAGGGAAGGUUCAGCAGCUUGCAGGACCUCAGCCCCACCUUGCAGAGACCCUGACUCUCCGCUUCUCAACCCAUAUAAUGCCCUGCUCUUCUCAGCCUGCCAGGGCAGCUGUGGGGCUCUCAGAUCACUCCUGCUUCCCCUGCUCCAUGCAGAGGGCAGCCCUCCCCUGGCUCUUGUCCCAUGGAGUAUGAGGACAGGUCCUGAAGCCCUUGAUCAUCGGGGGCUUGGGACAUGUGGGAUCUUGCUGGGCUGGGUGCUAGAUUCCAGAGCUUUUCCCAACAGGACAGUCUCAGUUAUGGGAUAAAGUAACUUAUCCUCUUUCCAACAAUUUCAUGUUCACUUCUGGACUCUUUGAGGUUUAGGGUCUCUCUCCCUAAGCCAUGAGCUGGCUCAGGUGCUGUUCCUUGCUCUGGAGCUUCCCUGCCUUUUUGAAGUAUUUAUUUAUUUAUUUCAUGAUUCCUGGGAACAUGUGUCACAAGGUAUGGGAGGAGGAGGAUGGGGGGCUUCCACCUUGGGGUUCUUCCCUGGAGUCAUGGGCUGCCUGGGACCUAGAACCGUAGGAGGCUGAGAUGUUUCUGUAGCCCAAGUAGGGACCUGAGGAGGUGGAUUGGGGCAACAAGAGACCUGUCCUAGGCCACCUCCUGCCCAGGCCAACCAGCCCAGCUUGGGCUCAGCAGCCGGAGCCUUGCUCCAGGCCCUGGGGAACCAGGCGAGCCUUGGGCUCCUUUGUCCUGUUAAGAAAUGAGAGUUAAGUACCCUCUGCUUUUUUUACACUGGAAAGGAACUAAAAGGAUCUCUGUGUAUAUGGAGAAUUGUCAAUAAAAAGGCCUCAAGCUGCUUA